AUGAAAAGUUUUCACUUCGCUUUGGGGGCAUUCGCAGCCAAGUGUUCCAUCCUUUUGUGGUCUCCCCUCAACCCUAGUGUCCACCAGAUAAGGAACCAUCACGUCGAAACGCAAGCCUUCCUAGAACGACAACAGUGUCUCGAUAUCGAUAAUCGAGAUGAGUGCCAAGUCGAAAAUGUUCCAUCGAUGUCGCCUCCAGACCUUCAUCGAGAUCUGGAAGAGUGCAAAAAUGAAAAGUUUCCAACGAUGUCGCCUCAUGAAGACCUCCAUCCAGCACCAGAGGAAGAAGAAGUGGAAGAAGAUCCCAUGCUUGAACAAAUGCCAACGGCCAAUUUCAAAGCCUACAAGCGUCAAGACAUUUCCUCUAUGUAUCAAGAGCCACCUGGAAGCAGAAUCGAAAAAAAUAUGAAAUAUCAGGGAAUCGCCGCCAAGUUUAUUAACAUGAGUCCCCAACUGUUGGACUUGACGUACGACAAUUCAUAUGGUCCUCCCGGCGGAGAUAUCAUCGCACACGUUGUUCCAGGUGGGAGCGGAGGCACUUCAACAUUUCCCAAUCAUAUGUAUUACUUUGUCAAGCCAGAGACCCAGGAAGUUGUCUGCUCCAUGAAGACUCGCAAAGGGACCUCUAUCUACUACUGCGAUCCCUUUGUCAAGACAGAAAAGGAUGAUCCUUCGGCUGGCGUAGUAUGGGGUCCUCAGUGGUCCCUUGACGUCUUGAAUGAACAAGAAAGAAAUCUCUACAACAGGGUCCUAUACAACCGUGAAUUUGGAGGUCUCUAUGAGAACUUUACCGGGUCACCCUGGUAUGGACAGUUUCCACAGGAACCACCAAGACAUCACAUGCAUCGAGCUGAUUACUUUGGCCAAGUGCACACCGUUGUAACUGCCGAAUCUCAUUUCACUAGCCUUCCGCCAGAGGACGAAUUAUACCGCAAGCUUUCGGUGGUAGAAAUGAUGCGAAACGACACUUCUUCCAUUCCAUUCCAAGCGUACCGCGAAGAAGGCAAGAAGAACAUGACCAUCACUGCCGUCUCGGUAGCGCCUCGAAUUUUUCAAAUUGAUGGCUUUUUGUCGGAGGUUGAAGCCGACCACAUCAUCGAAUUGGCCAAAAGGAAGACAAUGCGUCGCUCCACAACUGGAGUUGGAGCUGAUGAACAAGUAACCGCUAUUCGAACCUCCGAGACAACAUGGCUUCCACGACACUAUAGUCCAGUCAUGGAUGCCAUUUUUAAACGUGCUGCUGACGCUCUGAAGAUUGACGAGGCAUUGAUGCGCUAUCGUUUGCCUGGUGAACAAGCCGGAGCUGAUUUGCCUAGUCGUGUCCCCAUUUGCGAACCCUUUCAAGUCAACCAUUAUCCCCAGGGCACCGAGUUCGAUGUCCAUACAGACCAUGGUUACCCAGACACUCGACCAAACGAACCAUCUCGAUCCAUUAACAUUGUUAUCUACUUGAAUGAAGGAAUGAAGGGAGGUGAGACAGCAUUCCCAAGAUGGCGAAAUGCUGAUACUGACGAAGCCGUCGCGGCAACACCAGAAAAAGGCAAGGCCAUGAUCUUUUACAUGAAGAACCCCGAUGGCAAUAUGGACGACUUGAGCCAACAUUCUGCAAAUCCACUCAUCGAGGGCGAAAAGUGGUUUGCCAAUUUGUGGACUUGGGAUCCAUUUCGCGAGGAGUAG